AUGUAAGACGAUGUUUUUGAUGAAAUAAAAAAGGAACUGCAAUACUGUAAAUACCUGAACUAUGCUCAUAUUGCGAUGUCAUUUCUUGGAUUCUUUGGUUAUAUGGCUAGAAAGAUUUUCUUCACCUUAUUCAUUAAUGUCCUCUCUAUUCUGCUAUCUAUUUUAGGUUAUUAUGCAAUUGAAGAAAUCAAUAAAAAGAGAAUCGUUGUGUAUGCAGUUUUUACGAGUUCACUUUUUGGAAUGGUCUUAUUUUACGAGAUAAUUGCUGAUUUAUUUUCAGAAUCUUACGAAACUGAAGCCCCCCCAUAAGCCUUUGUGUUUUUAGUUAUAACUUUACCUUUUCUAAUAGAUCUCACAAGUGGGUUGAUGAGUUUAAAACUAAGCCAUACCUUCUCAAAAUAUGAUAAUUUGGAGUUUAAAAGAAAAUAUAAUUAAAUCCUCGUCGUUCAAAAAGGACCAGAAGUAAAUUAUAAAGAAUCUUACCUAGCAGAUGAGAUGUGUGUGAUAUGUUUAAGUGAAAAGAGGAACAUUGUUUUCUAUAAAUGCGGACAUAAAGUCUGUUGUAAAAAAUGUUCACAAGCUUUUAAAUACAAGAGUUGUCCAAUGUGCAGAGCUUAAAUCUAGGAUUUUAUUUAAGAAUAUGAUGCUUGA